CUCACGACCAUCGCGUGCCGUUCCGAUACAACCCACCCAACACUCUCCGGCUCUCUUGUCCGCCGCGACUCACAGGCCCUAAUCGAGCUCGCAGGCGGCGGCGCCGCGCCCGCUCACGCACGCAGCGAUGGAAGGUGGCGGCCGCAAGAGGGGCACGGCCGAUGGGGCUAACGGCGCCUCCGUCGGCGGGAAGCGCACGCGAGAAUCGGAGUCAUUCCAAACCGGUGUAGGAAGCAAACUGAAGCCAUGCAUCAAAUUUUUCAGUACCGCUGGCUGCCCGUUUGGCGAGGGUUGCCACUUCCUCCAUUGCUUCCCUGACGGUCACCAGGCUGUUGCAAAGAUGAGCAACCUGGGUGGCCCAGUAUUUGCAGAUCCGCCAAGAAGAAUGACAGUGGGACCUGCUGUUCCUAAUGGUGCCCUCACACUAACUUUUAAGACUCGCUUGUGCAACAAGUAUGACACUGCAGAGGGAUGCAAAUGGGGUGACAAGUGCCACUUUGCACAUGGUGAGGGGGAACUCGGCAAGCAUAUGUUCAUGAACAACUCAAUGCCGCCCCAUGUGGGACCAAAGCCUACCAGUCACUCUGCACCUCCGGCAAUGCUCACCCCUGGCAUAACCACUCCAGCAAGCUUCGGGGCUUCCGCCACAGCCAAGAUCAGUGUUGAUGCACCCCUUGUAGGUGCCAUCAUCGGGAAGGGUGGAAUCAACACAAAGUAUAUAUCUCGAGUCAGCGGGGCUAAGCUGGUCAUCCGGGAUCACGAAUCAGAUGCCAGCUUGAGAAACAUUGAGCUUGAGGGCACAUUUGAUCAGAUCAAUGAUGCCAGUGCUAUGGUCACGGAGCUGAUUGUCAGCAUUGAUGGAAACAGCAGCGCCCCUCCGCCAGGCCUGAACCUAGUGGGAGGAUCUCACCGCAGCGGAGGGCCAGGAAGCAACUUCAAGACCAAGCUGUGCGAGCACUUCACCAAAGGACCCUGCACUUUUGGUGACAGGUGCCACUUCGCCCACGGCGAGAAUGAGCUGCGCAAGUCAGCUUCUGCGUGAGAUCCAACUGUUCCGUAGCAAUAAGCUAAUGCAACCCUGAACCUGAUAGCCGCUGAUGAUUUUUCUGACUGUCCAUGUGCUUAUACCAUCCACUUUAUGAUUUGAACAUGAAUUUUAUUUAUGCUAUUUCUCGCCCUUGAACUUAUAACUUGAGUAAAAUGUU